GAAAACUUUCCUGGCACCGGGCGUUUCGCAAAAAGAACGGUUUUCCUGCGAUCAAGCCCGAAAAAGCGCUUUGCUUUGGGACGCUUCAGAUCAUUAACCGCGAACCUGGUGUCCAGCGACUGUGUGAAGACGUCCCGAGCGGAGAUGAGGUGGUUGCUGUGGUUAUUUACCCUGGAGGUCCUGCGCGGACCGCAUUCGUCGAACUGCGUGCGCGCAGGUGUGAGAAAUGUGGUCACAGGCACGGGAGUGGCAGCCCGCUGCGACAGCCGGGCGUGUAACCCUCGCAUGGGGAACCUGGCGCUUGGCCGAAGGAUGCUCACGCAGUCGGUGUGCGGCUACAACUCCACCGAGCCAUUCUGCUCCUACUCGGACUCACUGGUCACCGCUGGUGCGGGGUUCUGCUCACCGCUCAAGUGUGGAAAGUGCAACGCUGCAAACCCCCAGCAGGCCCACCUGGCUUUAGCCAUGACUGACUCAUCCUUCCGCCACCCAGGAACAUGGUGGCAGUCGGCACAGGGCGCAAAGGCUGAGGCCAUCCAGCUGGACCUGGAGACAGUGUUUCUCGUCACACAUCUGAUCGUGGUAUUCCGAUCACCGCGGCCUGCUGCCAUGGUGCUGGAGCGUUCACAGGACUUCGGACACACCUGGACAGUCCUCAAGUACUUUGCAAGCAACUGCAGCAAGGCAUUUGGCCUGGAGGAGGGGGCCCUGGGGACAGAUGGGGCAGCGUGCACCUCCAAGUACUCGGCUCCAUUACCCUGCACACGAGGAGAGGUGAUCUACCGAGCUCUCCCGCCCUGGCAGUCUUUGGACCCCUUCGGCGAGAAAGGUCAGAAGCAGCUACGGGUCACCAACCUGCGCCUGCGACUAUUGGAGCAGCAGGCAUGCCUCUGCCAGGCCAAGGACCGCGGAGCCCAGCCCCACCUUACAGCGUACUUCGCCAUCUAUGACUUUAUCGUCAAGGGCAGCUGCUUGUGCAAUGGGCAUGCUGAGCACUGUGUGCCCACCUCUGGCUACCAGCCUGUACAUGAGAGGACUAACCAUGUGGUCCACGGGAAGUGCGUCUGCAGGCACAACACGGCCGGUGAGCACUGCGAGCGAUGCGCCCCGCUCUACAAUGACCAGCCCUGGCGAGCCGCCAACGGCAUCACUGGGGCACCGAACGAGUGCAGGAAGUGCAAGUGCAACGGGCACGCAGAGAGCUGCCAUUUCUCCUGGGAGCUCUGGCUGGAGUCAGGCCAACGCAGUGGCGGCGUGUGCGACAACUGCCAGCACAACACAGAGGGUCUUCGCUGCGAAAACUGCAGGAGCGGCUUCUACCGGGACCCCCAGCGGCCCAUAUCUGCCCCAGAUUCAUGCAAACCCUGUGCCUGCCAUCCAGUGGGCUCCGUACCUUUCAACCUGAGCACAGAUGCUCUCUGUGACCCCAGAAACGGGAACUGUGUCUGCAAGCCAGGGGUGGGCGGCCCCCACUGCGACCGGUGCAUGGUGGGAUACUGGGGCUUCCAAAAGUAUGGAUGCAGGCCUUGCGACUGCGCAGGCGACUGUGACCCUUUUACCGGAGACUGCAUGUCCGCGUCAGACCUAGACCUGUACUACCGAGGAGACUAUCACCUGGGACACAACGGAACGGAACCUGGGCAGAUCUUUAGGACCGACGAGCUCUUCUCCGCCUUGCACUACUCAGAAAAAUGUGAAUGCAAGGAACAGGUCCUGAGCAGCCCCAAACUCUUCUGUUCUAUGAAGUAUGCAUAUGUACUGAAAGUGAAGAUCCUCUCAGCACAUGACAAGGGCUCUCAUGCAGAGGUGGAAGCCAAGGUGAAGAAAGUCCUGAGCCAGAAUACCAAGACAAAGAUACUUCGGGGGAGCGUCACUUUGUACCCAGAGUCUUGGACUGCACGGGGAUGUACCUGUCCUAUCCUCAACCCAGGAAUGGAGUACCUAGUAGCUGGGUAUGAAGACCAUAGGAAGGGUCGUCUGGUGGUAAACAUGAAGAGUUUUGUCAAACCUUGGAGAGCCAGCCUAGGACGAAAAGUCCUGCAGUUCCUGAAAAUGGACUGCAAGUGGUAGAGUUGUGCGAGAGGCAGUAAGAGAGAAAGACGGGGUGAGCGUGUGAGCGACAGCCAUAGUUUUGUUUCUGUGCACUGAGGACAGGGACACGAGGUCAGAAGUGUCAAAGCAAGUGAUUGAGUGUUACUCACCAAGCAAAACUUCUGGAGAAUGGCAAUGAGAAGUGCAAGAAUACGUAUAACAGAGGGCUGUAGCAAAACUUGGCAUGGCCAUUGUGGACAAAAAAGUGGAUGCAACAGAGAUCUGUUCCAGGCGCCCAAACCCAGUGACAUUCUUUGAAGCACUUUAGGGAACAGGAAAGGGACCCUACACUCGAACAGAGAAUGGACCGAUGUACAGAGAGCCAAGACUGAUGGCAAACUCCUUUUGCGGCCAGAGAGGAACCGAACAAAACUGACCUCUGAACUCUGAAUGAGAAGUGGUUCACCCAUCACAGAUGGGUACAAGUGGAUGGAGAUGUUACAAGUGGAGUGUCUUUGAGAGUUCUGUUACAUUAGAAAGGUGAGCCAUGUGUGCAUUUUUUUUUUUUUGCUAUAGUCCAUGGCUUGCUGGAGGCACACUCCCACAUACAAUGUUACAUAUGUGCGCACACACAUAUAUAUAUACACACACACACACACACAUCAGAGGACAAGGGCAAGAUUGGUGAGCCUUUCCUAGGUUACAAAGCCAUAUAUUCUUGAUUUGACUUUCUCAUUGGUGAAUUCCCAUCCUGAUGCUUAUACCAGAUUUAUUUACAAACCAGAAGACAACCUACAGCGUUAAAUACAAUAAUGUAAUAAUAAAAUAAGGCUGAAGUUCUUUAGAGCUGGAUAAGCUAGACAGUGAUUUUUCCAUUUUCACUUGUACAGUUUAUGUUAAAGGAAUGCAACUGCUUUCAUUGCUCAAUGAAAAGAAAUAGCUAGAUUAAACGUGUAUUACUUCUAAGUGUAAAGUGACACACGUCUUAAUUACAAAACAUUAAUUAAACUGUUUAUAGGAACAUUCUGCAGAAAACAGAAAGUUACUGGGCUGUGAAGUACCUGUUAGGUUCCAACCAACUGGAAUGCCUUGGUUUUAUGUUCAAAAAGCUUUUGACUUCUUUCAGGGAACUUAACAUCUGACAUAGAAUGUGAGAAAACAGGCCUUGAGGCUGUUAAUCACUUACAUUUAUUUACAGAACAUUAAGCUUUGUUAUUCUGCCAGUAAAGAUACUCUAACUUUCACUGAUGCGUUUAUGGUAUUUCCAGUUUGCUAUUUCUCUCAAGAAUGUGUGAAGCAAAUGAAAGAAAAAUGCAAAAAUUGCAAAAUAAAAAGACUUAAUGAGUCAUAUCAAAUAUAUGAAAGGUGUCACAUUAAGGAAAGAUUUUCUUCCGGACAAGAAUUUCCUUUCAGUGGUGGUGGAAAGCGCAGGAGCAUGAAAAGUAAAAUAUCCUUAAUGUCUCAACUUAACAAUUACUGUAGAUCAACUGACCACUGAGGGUACAUUUUGGUUUUACUGUAAACAUACUGUCGCAUACUGUCACUGACAAAUAGUAAAGCUCUUGCAAUGUGUGCUUGUACAGACAAAACAGUUGAAAGGGGGUCUGAAAUGCACAAAAAACCUUCAGGUUAAAACAUGCUUCUGUGAAUGUCAUAUUCAGGCUAUGGAUAUGAAUGCGGUAUCAUGACUGAGACACACCUCACAGCUAGUAUAUGACAUGCAGCAGCAGUAACUCUGAAUUGCCAGAAGGUUAUGAUUCUCAGGAAAGGGGAAACAGAAAGCUAAAGAUAAUGCAAGAUGUAAACAUGACAUUUCUAGGACUUCAUUUAAACAUUUUAUUUAAAUAAACAGAAGUGCCAACUACCACCUACAAAAAGAGUAAGACUGCACCACAGUAACAAACACAUAAACUGUCCUUCACAGGAGCACAACAGAAGAAACAUGAGACUUUCUCACCGCUAUAAUGGAACAAUCUUUAUAAAGAACCUUGAACUGCUAAAACAAAAAUACCGCUGUCCAAAGCAUUCUGAAGCCUGAGGUACCUGAUCUGGACUUUUACUUCUUUUGACCAAGUUGUGUGGAAUAAGCUGAAAGUGCAUCAGCAAUAAGCCACAUACAACGCAAGCCAUACAAAAACACUUUGCUCACAUUAAAUAUUACAGAAAGUGAACGCCAAACAUUAACCUGGAACGAAUGCUUGGAUUUCAGGACAAGGUUUUCCUUCAGUACAGGAGGCCCGGAAGCUCCCGCGAGUGCGAAGGUGAGAGGUAUUCCAAAAAUGCAAGAUGCCUCUGAUCUUGUGGUUACCUCGUGCGUGCUCUGUGGGUCAGCGGGUUUGGAGCCUGCAAGGCUGCUCUGUUGCCACAGACUCGAAGCACCACCCCCAGAGAGAAGGUCAGGGGUAGCAGGCACCGUUGUUUCCUACUUCGGCCUGCCCGCAUGGACGGCGGCUGCCGUAGCCUGCAGCCCAAGCAAGAUGGCAGCCUGAGGAUGGGGCUGCGUCGGGGAACAGACAUGUCAGGGCAUGAGUUGGGGGGCGGCUGUUUGUGCGUUGGGUGCUUCUGUUGCUAACCGAAAAGAUUAGGAACGCUCGCGUGCUUAGACUGCUGCAAAACUGCCUGAGGUAGAUGGGAAUUGGCUUCACUGUUAAAUGGCUCUAAUGGACAAAUCAACACUGACGCCAAACCAGUCAUUUUCAGCCUUCUUUUCUAACUUUAAUUAUGUCCAAAGGUAUUUUCAAAAGGGAAGGUAGCAC